UCUCUCUUUUUUACAGAUGCCUCAAUGUCGUGCCCCAGAGACACGUCGCCGCUUGGGCUCUGUGAGCGACUCGGCCCCACCAUCAGAGUCCAGCGAUGGCACCGGCUUCUCAUCGGCCUCGUCGGAGCAGCGGGAGGAGCUGAUACUGCAUGCGGACUGGUCGGGCGCCCAUUCACACUCGUCGGCACAGCGGAGCAGUGCCCAUGGCACCACAUCGCUGUAUAAUGCAUCGGACAUCGAUGCGGACACCAUCAGCACGGACACCACAAGCAACACGAACCUCUCCGACUACGAGCGCGGCCAGGUGGAGAGCUUCUUCGGGGGCCUGGGCACCGACAUCUUUGUGAGCGGCGCCCUGGCCAAUCUGUACGAGGGCACUGGCAACGAUGGCGACUGGCGUCUGGUGUUCACCGGCAUACCCGUCAUCCUCCACGACAAGGGCAACUCGCGGGCCAGAUCCAUGCCGCGUGUGACCCUGGUGCUGGCCGAGCGGGGCUCCUGCUUUGCGCUCUGGUCGGAUCGCAUUGACAACUUGUCCAACUAUCGCAUAGCGGGUCCGUCCUUCCACACCAUGUGCCUGUCGAGCAAUCACCAGCAGAUGAUCGGCUUCAGCUUCGACUCGACAGACGCGGCCCGCGAGCUCUGGCAGCAUGUGGAGCGACUGGUCAGCGAUCCGGAGAACAUUGCCCUGACGGUGCCCGGCACGCGCAAGCAGAAGAAGCAGAAGCGGGCGAAGGCCGCCCCGCUGCCGCCCAAGUCACAGAUAUCGCAUCCGUGCCAGUUCCACCAUGUGACCAGUGUGGUGAAGGAGGACAGCGAGCGGUACUACAGCAUGCAGGCCUUUGGGCCGCACAAUCCACAGCAGCAUCGUUGAGUAGGGUCGGGCGCGUGGAUCUGGAACACGAGCGCCCUUUGGUGGCAGAACUAAGCUGCC